UCCAGUAAAAAAAUCUCUCUCUAAAAACCCACUCUGUAUUUGGCUCUCUCAAAAACACACUCUCUGUGUCUGGCUCUCUUCAAAACCUUCUCUCUGUCUCUGGUUCUCUCCAAAACCCUCUCCCUGUUUCUGUGCUUAGACAUGGCAGCAGCGGCAUUUUAGUCGUGUCUGUCUCCUUUAAACCCCCUCUCUCUCUGGAAAAAAACCCACCAAGGAAAAGAUCUCUUUGUGGAUUUUCGUUGAUUCACCUUCUCCACUUUCAUCAGAUCUCUGUCUCUCUCUCUGUUGUAAGCAAUUUUGGUGCUUGCAUUUGGAGGAAUGAGUAAGGAAGAGUUCUUGAAGAUUCAGACUUGUGUUCUUAAGGUACACAUACACUGUGAUGGAUGUAAGCAGAAGGUGAAGAAACUUCUUCAAAAGAUUGAUGGGGUGUAUACAACCAGUAUAGAUGCAGAGCAGGGGAAGGUGACUGUUUCAGGUGAUGUUGACCCUUCUACCCUAAUAAAAAAGCUGCAGAAGGGUGGGAAACAUGCAGAGAUAUGGGGUUCAAAGGGUGGAGGCAACCAGCCCAAAGGCCAGUUUCAGAACAUGCAAAUCGAUAAUGGCAAAGGCCAGAAAGAUGGGAAAUCUCAAAAGGGUGGAAAAGAUCAAAAAGCCCAACAGCCAAAGCAGCAGCAGCAGCAGCUGCAGCAACAGAUUAAAGGUUUGAAGCUACCCCAAUUCAAAGGCUUAGGUCUGCCCUUCAAGGACCAGAAAUCUGUCAAGUUCGAGGAUGAUGGUGAUUUUGACGAUUAUGGGAGUGAUGAUUUUGAUGACUUAGAUGCUGAUGAUUUUGAUGAUGAUGAUGAUGAUGGUUUCGAUGAUGAAGAGGAGCUGAUGAAGAUCCAUCAGAAGAUGAAAGGCAUGAAUGGUCUUGGUGGGGUGGUCCCAAAUGUUCAACAGCAGCUCCCCAAGGGUGGGAAUGUAAAUGUGCAGGCCAAGGGCAAUGGUGGAAAUAAUGAUGCUAAAAAUGGCAAUGGUGGGAAGAAGGGUGGUGGUGGUAACAAUGGGGGAAAUCAAAAUCAAGGUGGAGGUGGUGGCCCCCAAAAGAAUGGGGCUAAGAAUGGUGGGCCACAGGAUAACAAGAAUGGUGGCAAUGGAAAUAACAAGAAUGCCACUGGAAACAAUAAUGGUGGUGGUGGUGGUGGUGGUGGUGGUGGUAAUAAGAAAGGGGGAGGUGGGGCCAAAAAUGAGGUGGGCCAUCAAAUGAAUAACAUGGCUCAGGGCUUGCAAGAUCUUAAUCUGGCUGGUGGUGGGGUAAGAAAUAUGAGCCAGAUGAACAUUCCCAUGGGCCAGAUGGGCAACAUCCCAGCUGUUCAAGGUAUGCCAGCUUCGGCAAUGAAUGCUGGCGGAUACUUCCAGGGCGCCGGCCCUGAAGUCGUCCCUGGAAAUCCCUUCUACAACCAGCAGCAGCAACAGCAGCAGCAGCAGCAGCAGCUAAUGGCAUUGAUGAUGCAGCAGCAGCAGCAGCGGCAGAAUGGGAAUGAGCGGUUCCAGCCGAUGAUGUAUGCCCGCCAGCAACCGCAGGUGGCCUACAUGCCGGCACAGUACCAACCGCCGCCUCCGCCUCCUUAUAGUUACUUCAGCGAUGAGAAUGCUAGUGGUUGUGCCAUAAUGUGACUGAGACGUCCCCGCUGGAGGCGAAUUUUCCCGUUGUGCUUGGUUUUGGGUGUGUGGGUGUGGGUGUGGUGGGCCAUAUUUCGCUAUGUUUGUUGUUGAUGAUCAUUCCAGAUAUGCAUAUGCACACCGGACAAUAUGCGCCGCCGGCCCGGCCGGCGCAUAUACAUAUAAGUUGGGUGUUUAGCUUUAUUUUAAUUUUUAAUUUGAGUUUGGCAUAGUAUUAAAAAUAUAAUAUCUAUUGAUAUAUCCAUUAGCUUAGAUUAUAAAUUAAAAUAUAGGGUAUUAAAGGGUGGUGGACGACUUAUAUUACUGAAUAUAAGGAGAGGUAGAGAUAGGAGAAGAGAGGCAUCUUGCCUCUUGCUUUUAUGAGAUAGAGGUAUAUGUGUCAAUGUGUUUAUAAAGCUUAAGCUGAGAAUAAUAUAUAUGACUGCAAGCCUCUUAUCCAUUGCAA